GUAAAGUAAAUUCAUCUUCUUAAACCCUGCAAGUUCCCCAACUUGUCUCUCAGCUGCCAAAAAUAACUUGUAGCGUUGCUCCAAUUUGCUCUGCAAUCGAAAACCCAUCUCAGAGUUAUGGAAAAAGAUGCAUCUUUUUUGUUUGGUGGCAUCUCUUUCAAUCGAAAAAAGUUUGCUCGCGAUUUCGACAGAUUUAAGGGGAAAAUUCCAGUUGAUUCAGCUGAGAAACUGAACUUUAUUGAGAAGGAGGAUAAAACUAUUGAUGAUUCGUUAGAGAAAGUGGAGUUCGUCGAGAAUGAGAUAUCUGGAAUGGAGGAUGGGACAAGUACUAGCGUGAGUAAGAAGAGGAAGAGGAAGGAGAAGGGAAAAGUUCCUGAUGUGGAGGGAUUCUCUGUCUUCAAGAGUUCAAAAUUGAAAAAGGAAGCUGCAAGCGAAGAGACUGAUCAAUCUGUAAAUGAACUGCUUCAGGGAAAGAAAGAAUAUUAUCAACAAUUGGAGAGGGACGCAAUUUUUCGGAAGAUGCACAACAUUCAUGUUUCAGGGAGUAACAUCCCUUCGCCAUUGCUCAAUUUUGCUGAACUAAGAUCAAGAUAUAAAUGUCGAUCAUAUCUAUUGCGAAAUCUGGCAAAACUGGGAUUUAAAGAACCAACGCCAAUCCAAAGGCAGGCUAUUCCAGUCCUCUUAUCUGGGCGUGAAUGCUUUGCUUGUGCACCUACUGGUUCUGGCAAAACAUUUGCUUUUGUUUUUCCUGUACUUAUGAAACUCAAGCACACUUCAAAGGAUGGUGUCCGAGCUGUAAUUCUUUCCCCUACAAAAGAGUUAGCUGCUCAGACAACAAGAGAAUGCAAAAAGUUGGCCAGGAAGAAGUUCUACAUCAGGUUGAUGACUAAACAACUCGCUAAAAGUGGGGAUUUUUCUAAACUGCGAUGUGAUGUACUGAUCUCGACACCAUUGCGCCUAAAGUUUGCUAUCCAAAAAAGAAAGCUUGAUUUAAGUAGGGUUGAAUAUCUUGUCUUAGAUGAAUCUGAUAAGCUUUUCGAGCCUGGCAUGCUAGAGCAGGUUGAUUUUGUGGUGAAGGCGUGCACAAAUCCUUCAAUUCUUCGGUCAUUGUUCAGUGCUACUUUACCCGAUAUAGUUGAAGACCGAGCACGUACAAUAAUGCAUGAUGCUGUUCGAGUAAUUAUUGGUAGGAAAAAUUCAGCUUCUGAAACAAUAGAGCAAAAACUGGUAUAUGUUGGGAGUGAAGAAGGGAAGCUUCUGGCUCUUCGUCAAAGCUUUGCAGAGAGUUUAAACCCACCAGUGCUAGUAUUCGUUCAAAACAAGGAGCGUGCCAAGGAGCUAUAUGACGAGUUAAAAUUGGAAGAUCUUCGAGCCGAUGUUAUCCAUUCAGACCUUUCUCAGAUACAGAGAGAAAAUGCUAUCGAUAACUUUAGAGCUGGAAAAACAUGGGUUUUAAUUGCCACUGAUGUUGUUGCCCGGGGUAUGGAUUUCAAAGGGGUCAACUGCGUGAUAAAUUAUGAUUUCCCAGACGCUGCUGCAGCAUAUAUUCACAGAAUUGGACGUUCUGGCAGAGCAGGAAGGAGUGGACAGGCGAUAACAUUUUAUACUGAAGCAGAUAUUCCGUUUUUGAGGAACAUCGCAAAUGUUAUUACGUCUUCUGGUGGUGAGGUUCCAGAGUGGAUCAUGUCUCUGACCAAGAAAAAGUGGAGGAAACACAGACCGCGAAGAGAAACCAUUUCAACUCAGCCAGACAUAUGAAACAUCCCUCAUAGUUUUGAGCACAAUAUCAAGUUUUUUCAACUUUUCUUUUUUUACAACAUUAAUGUAUGAUUCAACUUGUAAUUUAUGUUAAGUAUGAGUUUGGAAUGUUCACUUAAAUGUUAGAGAAAUGAAUGUUGUCUUUCUUUUUUUGAAAAGAAACUCUUUUUAGUCCUUGCUUCUCAUUAAGUAAAUGGAGUUCCUUCAAGUUA